AUGAGUAAAAGGCAAGAGGAGCCUUACGAAGUUGAGAACCAGUUCAUACUGCGUCUGCCCCCGGAACAGGCCUCAGCCGUCAGGACCAUUAUGCGGUCCGGAAAUGCCGCCAUGAAAGAUAAACUGAAAAUUGACUUAAACCCCGAUACGCGGCAGGCCGUCGUUCAGGUAGACAACGUUUCGCUGUCCGCCAGACUUGUCGAUUUGCCUUGUGUCAUUGGGAGCCUAAAGACUCACGACAGAAAAACUUUUUAUAAAACAGCAGAUAUUUCCCAGAUGCUUCUGUGCAGUGCCGAGGGUGACCCUCACCCGUCCCCAGAAGAACCGGCGGCUUCUGCGGCUGGUGCUACUGCAACGGCAAACAAAAGGGAAGCAGAGAAAAAAUACAUUUGGAAGCACGGCAUUACCCCACCACUUAAGAAUGUCAGAAAGAAACGGUUUCGGAAACCAACCAAAAAGCCCUCUGAUACGAAGCAAAGUGACAAAAGCUGCAGUGGCUACAUUAAUUCCAAAGAGGUGGAAAACGAAGUGAGGAGACUGCUCCGUUCAGAUAUUGAAGCCAUCAGCAGCCGAUGGGAAAUUGUUGUUGAUGAUGAAACCAAGGCAGAGGAGAGCCAAGUCUGUGUGCCAGGCCUUCCAGUGCCCUCCGAAAUAGGCGGCCAUCAUAUCUCAUCAGAAUGUGCUACGUCUCAGAGCACAUUCCGUGAGUCCAGCAGUGAUGAUCAAGAGAAGAAUGAGAAUAAAGAUGAGGAAGAGAAGGAGGAGGAAGAUGGCGAGGGGGAAGAGGAGGAGGAAGAUGAUGAUGAUGAUGACGAGGAGGAGGAAGAGAAUGAGGAGAAGGAAGAUAAUGCUGAAGAAGAUCUGGAAAGAGAGCUACAAGCCAAGUUUCUUGAGUUUAGCUUGUGCGAAGCUAAUGAAGAUUGCAAUUCAAUAAUUCUGGGAAUUCAGAAGCUUAUUGAUUACAAGGAAAAAAAGCUUCAAGAGAUUCAGGGCAAAGCACGAAGACAGAAAGAUCUCCUCAGAAAAUUGGAAAACCUCACCCUCAAGAGUCACUUCCAGUCUGUUCUGGAACAGCUCACAUUACAGGAGAAGCAGAAGUAUGAGCAGAUCAUUUUUCUACAGGAGCAACUAAAAUAUUUUUUGAAGAAAUAA